AUGGCACGCGGCGCCGCUGGGACCAGCAGCAGCAGCAGCAGCAGCAGCAGCAGCAGCAGCAGCAGCAGCAGCUGGGCCCGCUUCAGCGACUUCCACUUGCUGCUCUACGUGGCCCGCCUCUUCGAUGUGGCCACGAGCUUUUCUCUUUGCGAUGCUGUUCUAAACGAGACUCCCGUGGACGAGGGCAUGGAAGAUGUCCUCAAGUCCCUCGCCUAG